CGUUUAAUUUGAUCAUCCCAAAGAUGUUUGAGAUUGUUCAGGCGGUUUUCGCCGCCGGGUGUGCACUAGCUCUUUUGACAUUCGCUGGUAUAACCCUCGGCGGCUCAGUGGUCGCAUUUGUCAUAAGCACACCGCUUUUUGUCAUUUUCAGUCCGGUUCUCGUGCCAGCGACUAUAGCCACUACAUUGCUAGCUUCAGGUUUCACCGCCUCCGGCUCCUUUGGUGCCACGGCUAUCUCCAUCCUUAUGUGGCUCUACAAGUAA